AUGUCAAGUGUUGGCAGUUUCAGUACUACAGAUCUUGUUAGUAUUAUCGUCGGAGGUGUCUUAGGUCUUGCUACUGUGAUCGGUCUUGCUUUUACUAUUUAUUCAAUGUGUUGUAAGAAGAAUAAUCCACCACAAGUAGCACCUCAAAACCAUCCACCCUCUCAACCAUACGGUCCUUACGGUCAACCUAUGUAUAGUGGAUAUUACCCACCACCCCCGCCGCCAGCCUCAUAUAAUCAACAAGCGCAAAUACAGCAACCCAUCAAUCAACAAUCAAUGCCCAGUGAUAAGCCGUCAAAUUAUGCUGCUGCACAUCCUGGAAAUGGAAUUUUCAAUCCAUUCGAAUAUGGUCUACACAAAGAGCAAAUUCAACAUCCCAAAAUAUGUUUAAAAGAAGAUAAUUUUCAUGAUUUAAAAGUAGAUGCAGUUUGUCGUUCAAAUCAACCAAGUCACUUUAGUUAUAAUAAAAAUAAUUUUGAAAACAUAUUUGAACACGAUAGUCUUCUUGAUGCAUUCACUUUACAAACGAAUUUGAUCGACGUACAAAAUAUUGAUACAAAUGAAAAUAUGCAUUGGCGACAACAAAUUAUUAAUUCAUUGGAUUCACAAUUACAAAACAUUGUGGAUGAACUCAACGAAAAUUCAAAUAUUAGUGAAAGAUUUCAAUGGAAUUCUCCAGCGACUUCUAUCACUAUGGAAAAAGUGUCACCAAAUAAUCUAGCAGGAAAACAUCUACUUCAAGCAAAUGGUGCUGAUGUUCGAUUUCCACAAUUGAAUAUUAAUAAAUCUGCUGUAAUCAAAUUAAUUACCUUACCAUAUUCAUCAGUUGUUUCAUUAACGUUACACGACCAAUAUGGUAAAAUAAUGCAUAUUAAAAAUACAACAGAUCCCUUCGAAAUUGUCAUACCACGUAAAACUAAUACUAUAAUGCCGCCUAUGUUCCGUGAAAACGUUACAUUAUCACCGAAUAAUUUAAAAUUUAAAUUUUAUUCAGUUAAUUUAACACAUGACGUUAAUUUAUCAAUUUCACUUCACAUUGACAUCGAGCCGGAAAACAAAGAUCUUUCCUAUUUAUUUAUUAUUCGUUUUAAUGGAGCACCUAAUUACGAAGCAAACCUUAUUGAUGAUUGGAAACUCAUGUGUCCAAAAGAUCGAAAAUCUAAUACUUCAAAAUAUACAUACUUUAUAGAUAACACUCGAAUUUCACAUCAUCAAUGGGCUAUUGUUGGUAUUCGUGAAAUGAAACAAUGUAAUAAAGAUAAUCUUAGUGAUAGUAUUCAGUUUUCCUCGGAUUAUUCUAUUCGUAUUUAUACAUCCGGCUGUUAUUAUCUUGAUAGUAAUAAUAAUUGGCAAUCAGAUGGAUUGAAAGUUGGACCUAAAACAAGUGAAACUUUUACACAAUGUUAUUCAACACAUUUGACAACAUAUGCUGCAGGCUUUGUUGUACUGCCGGAUCCUAUUCCUUGGCAUGCAUUAGAUUUUAACCCAGCAAACAAUGUAACAAUUUACGUUACAUUAAGCAUUUUAUUUGUACUAUUUAUUUUGACGAUGAUAUUUUCAUAUUAUAAAGAUGGUGCGGAUGCUAAAAUGCUCAUGGUUGUGCCACUUCGUGAUAACAACCGAAAUGAUAAAUAUCUUUAUCAAUUAGUUGUAUUUACUGGAAUGAGAGCAAAUGCUGGUACGAAAUCAAAAGUCCAAUUUAUUCUUUCGGGCAGCGAAGAAGAAACUUAUGCAAGAAAAUUAACUGCUGAUAGACGAACACUAUGUCGUGGAUGUGUUGAUUCGUUCAUUAUGGCUGUUCCAAGAUCGCUUGGUCAACUGAAUUUUCUACGUAUUUGGCAUGAUAAUUCUGGUCAAGGUUCAGAUGCAUCAUGGUUUCUAAAAUAUAUUGUAGUUCGAGAUUUGCAAACGAUGGAAACAACUUAUUUUAUCUGCGAAAAAUGGUUAGCAGUUGAAGGAGACUCAGGAGAAAUUGAUGUGACGUUAAAUGCAGCAGGUGAACUUGAACAAAUAGAAUUGAAACAUGUUCUGUCAAAAAAUGCUUAUCGAUCAAUGGCUGAUAAUCAUAUAUGGUUUUCGAUUUUUGCUUAUCAUAUACCAUCCGCCAUUCGUUUUACUCGUAUACAACGAUGUACUUGCUGUUUUGUAAUACUUUCCAUGAGUAUGCUUAUGAAUCUUAUGUUCUAUGAUGCAAGACAAGCAACAUCGACGAAUGAAGAUAAUGAAUCCAGUUUAUCACUUGGACCAUUUCUUAUAUCCAAAGAAGAGAUCAGCAUUAGUAUUUUUUCGGAACUCAUUAUAUUCUUUCCAAGUUUAUUUCUGGUCACUCUAUUUCGCCGAUCAAAACCACGACAUCCUCGAGUAAUAUCUCCUGUUGCUGAAGCACUUCAAAAUAUCCGAGGUAAAGAGCCAAGUACAAAAACUGCAUCUCAUUUGGUUCAAGUUAAAGAAAAAAAAUUUUAUUUUCCAUGGUGGUGUUUAAUACUUGCUUAUGUUCUUUCAUUAUUAAUGGUUUUGACUUCGAUAUUUUUCAUACUCGUGCGAAGUGCUCAAUAUAAAGAUAAAAAAAUACGUAAAUGGAUUAGUUCAGUUCCGACCAGCUUUUUCGCUUCUGUACUUCUUACUCAACCACUAAAAGUACUUUCACUGGCAUUCUUAUUUAUGUGUCUUUGUCGAAAAAAAUCUCAAACUGAAGCUUUUAUUGAACAUCAAGAUCCCGUUGAAGAUUUUACAGUUUCAAGUGAAGAUGCACAUAAGAAAUUUCCACCAAAAUCUCUUCUAGCUAAAAUUCAUCUCGAUCCUUCUCGUGCAAAACGUGAAAAAGCUGCCUUAAAGAUAUUACGCGAAAAUCGUCUGAAAGAAAUGAAAUCAUGGGCCAUUUUACGUGAAUUAUUUUUUCUUUUAUUGUUUCUUGGAGUUCUUUAUGCAAUCAGCUUUGCUAAUCGUGAUGUUGGAAGUGCACAUCACAUGGUUGAUCAUUUACGAAAGGAAUAUUUAGGCUCGGAUCUUUCUCGUGGAUUCGAACGUUCUAAAAGAGGAAAUAAAUAUGCCGUGGUGUCUGGAAGUAUUCUAUCAGUUGUAGAUUACUGGAAAUGGUUACAAGAUGAUUUUCCUAAUAAAUAUAUACUAACGCGAUGGAAUGAUUAUAGUACAACAGCAAAAGUAUUACAAAAAAUGACUAAAACAAAUAGAGUCAUUGGUUGGCCUACAUUAAGACAAUUACGCGUUAAGAAUGACACAUGCCCAAGAACUGUGCUACAAGGUCAAAUGGACAUUGAUGAUUGUAAUCUACCUUAUACUUGGUAUAAUGAAGCUAAAAUUCCAUUUGGCUUUAAUAUCUAUGCGAAUGAUUCACCAAAAUUUCUUAAAACUUUUACUUAUCAACCAAGUGAAGAUUAUACAUUAGUUUAUUCAACACCCCAUGCAACCUACAUGCCAGGUGGUUACAUUCAUGAAAUACAAGGAGACUCGAAUGAUACCAUUAGAAAUGGAUUUCUUUAUCUUCAAAAUCAUCGUUGGAUUGAUCGAUAUACUCGAGCAGUUUUUCUAACGCUUGCUCUAUAUAAUCCAAAUGCUAAUUUAUUUGUUCAUUGUUCAUUUAUUCUUGAACAAUUGCCUGAUAUAAGACAGGUUAUUUUUCGAGCAUCAUUUCAACCAUUUAGACUUGUUCAAUUAUAUACAGGAGCCGAUCUUAUCUAUUGUUUUAUUUAUCUUAUUCUAAUUAUUUAUUAUAUGGUGAAAGAAAUUAAACUUUUAAUAAAAAAACGCCAAAAUUAUAUAAAAGAAUUUUGGUCAUACAUCAAUUGGGGCAUUAUUGUAUGUUCAUGGGCUGCCGUUGUGAUACAUAUUUUUCGACAAACAGAAAUGAAGAAAUUAUCAAAUUCAUUGAAAAGUGUUAAAGGACUCAGGCCAAUAAGUUUAACAUUUUUCGCUUACCUUGAUACUCUCUUAACUUAUCUACUUGGUUUUUGCUGUUUUUUUGGCACUAUUAAGAUACUUCGUCUGCUUCGUAUUAAUCGCCAUUUGUCACUAUUAACAUUAACAUUAAAAAAGUCUGCUAAACAAUUGUUGGGUUUUUUUCUUAUAUUUGUAGUGAUAUUUGUUGCUUUCAAUUCAUUAUUUUAUUUAUUAUACCAUUCCUAUGUAAGACAAUAUUCAUCAUGGUUAGAUACAGCGUUAACCUGUUUUCAAAUGAGUUCAAGGCACUUAUCGACAAUACCUGAUUUAAAGAAGAUCGAUACAUUCAUAGCUGCCGUGUCUUUGUUUUUAUUUAUUUUACUCGUCGUAUUUAUGCUCACGACUAUGUUUGUAUCAAUUAUAGUUGAUAAUUUCAACAUUGUACGUCGUGAGCCAUUCAAUCAUGAAAAUGAAGUCGAAUUAGUUCACUUUACUAUUGAUAAAAUAAGACAAUGGCUAAGUAUGUCUACACGAAAACGAAAAAUUCAAACAAAAACAAAUCCCGUAACUGAAUUUCCGGAGAAAAUCGAUGAACUGAUACUUGCCGUUGAUAAAUUAUACGGCAAUACAAAACGCUAA